GGAGAAGGCGGGGAAGGAGCGGCGGCGGCAGGCACAAGAUGACGGGCUCCAACGAGUUCAAGUUGAACCAGCCGCCCGAGGACGGCAUCUCCUCGGUCAAGUUCAGCCCCAACACGUCGCAGUUCCUGCUGGUCUCGUCCUGGGACACCUCGGUCAGGCUCUACGAUGUCCCGGCCAACAGCAUGCGCCUCAAGUACCAGCACACCGGCGCCGUCCUCGACUGCGCCUUCUAUGAUCCAACACACGCUUGGAGUGGGGGAUUAGAUCAUCAAUUGAAAAUGCAUGACUUGAAUACUGAUCAAGAAAACCUUGUUGGCACCCAUGAUGCUCCUAUCCGAUGUGUUGAAUACUGUCCCGAGGUAAAUGUUAUGGUUACUGGAAGCUGGGAUCAAACAGUCAAAUUAUGGGAUCCCAGAACUCCUUGUAAUGCGGGAACCUUCUCUCAGCCUGAAAAAGUGUAUACGCUGUCUGUGUCAGGGGACCGGUUAAUUGUGGGGACAGCUGGUCGGCGAGUGUUGGUGUGGGACCUGAGGAAUAUGGGUUAUGUGCAGCAGAGACGAGAGUCCAGUCUUAAAUACCAGACCCGCUGCAUACGAGCGUUCCCGAACAAACAGGGUUAUGUCUUAAGCUCUAUCGAGGGCCGGGUUGCAGUGGAAUAUUUGGACCCAAGUCCUGAGGUUCAGAAGAAGAAAUACGCAUUCAAAUGUCACAGACUAAAAGAAAAUAACAUUGAGCAGAUUUAUCCAGUCAAUGCCAUUUCUUUUCACAACAUCCAUAAUACGUUUGCUACAGGUGGUUCCGAUGGAUUUGUAAACAUUUGGGAUCCAUUCAACAAAAAACGGCUGUGCCAGUUCCAUCGCUAUCCCACUAGCAUAGCGUCACUUGCCUUCAGUAAUGAUGGGACCACCCUUGCAAUAGCAUCAUCAUAUAUGUAUGAAAUGGAUGACAUUGAACAUCCUGAAGAUGGUAUCUUCAUUCGCCAAGUGACAGAUGCAGAAACAAAACCCAAGUCUACCUAAUCAUCGUGAAGGAAAGCUGGCUUCUUCGUGGACAUUAAAGUGACAUAGUAAAUGUGGAUAAAAAUUUUCUACUUGGCUUAAUCUGUCAAUUUUCCUCUUUUCCCCCAAAGAAACUUGUAUUGUUUGUCAGUAUUGUUUGUCAUAUAUUUGUUUAGAAAUAGGUGUUUUCAUGUACUUCAUUGAAAACUUUCAUCGGGUACUUUCUAAAUAUUUGUUCCUUGCAAGAAUCGUGCCCUUCAGAGCAACUUUUUGCUUUUAAAUUCUUUAACUAUUGUGUGUGCCUCUACUACCCAAUAAAUCGCUUUUGGAAACUGCUCUUUCUAAA